AUGAAUGAAUCAGAGGAGAAGAAACACGAUGAACAGGUAAAUGCACCUGAGCAUAAUAUAUCUCCGGAGAAUGUUGAAGAAGGAGAUGCAGAUCCCAAAGUUACUAAAGAAGAACUUGAAGCGAAAGUGAAGAAGAUGGGAGAAGAUGCCAGAAAAUACCUUGCUAAACAGACUAAGCCGGUGAUUAUUCCAUCCUACGCUAAGUGGUUUGAUAUGAACAAGAUUCAUGACAUUGAGAAAAGAUCAUUACCAGAGUUCUUUGCCGGAGAGUCACGGUUUAAGACGCCAUCCAUUUAUAAAGAAAUGCGUGACUUCAUGAUAAACACAUAUAGAUUAAAUCCAUUAGAAUAUUUGACUGUUACUGCGGCAAGGAGAAACCUUGCAGGUGAUGUUGCGACUAUCAUGCGUGUACAUGGGUUUCUAACAAAAUGGGGCCUCAUCAAUUUUCAAAUUGACCCUAAGACCAAACCUUUCUUAAUGGGUCCACAGUAUACGGGUCACUUUCAGGUUACCUUGGAUAAGCCAUCUGGAUUUGAACCUUAUAUUCCACGAGAGACUAAACUGAUCGAGUCGCAGCUGGAAUCAUCUGAUUCAAAAGAUACAAGCGAGGGGUCCCAUGAUAAUGAGGAAGAACCUCCAGCUAAAAAGAUAAAAUUAUCCGACGAGGAUGAUAGUCCAAACGUUCAAAAGGAAGAUAUUCCAAUUAACUUGGAGCUUAGACAUAACAUAUAUGAUUCAACACAAGAUGCGUUUACUUUAAGAAACGAAGAAGCUAAUAAAAAUAAUAAGCUUGCUGGAGUAAAGGAACUUUAUUGCAGUAUUACUGGAAAUGAUAUAACAGAAACAAGAUAUCAUAAUUUGAAAAAUAAACAAAAUAUAUCAUCUCGCGCAUUUGAGGAUGCCCAAUUUCCAUCAACAUUCAAGAGUGCUGAUUUCGUCAAGUUGAACAAAAUCCAAGCACAAUCUGAUUCGAAUCCUUGGUCCGACCAAGAAAUUUUACUUCUUUUAGAGGCAAUUGAGAUGUAUGGAGAUGAUUGGAACUCAAUCUGUGGUCAUGUUGGUUCACGAACCAAGGAGCAGUGCAUUGCAAAGUUUAUUCAACUGCCUAUCGAAGAUAGGUACUUGGAGAAACAAUUAAAUAAAAAAUCAUUUUCUAAAUACUUGAAGCAGCUUAGGAUUUCCCACUUAAGGGAUGCAGACAACUCAAGUGGACAUUCGAUGGAGGCAUCAUCUUCAACUAUGACUUCAAAUGCUCAUGAGCUACUAGGACAGCUUUUAAGAAGUGUUGACCAGACUACAAUAGAUUCCUUGAAAAAGGAUGCGGAUGCAACAAAAGCAGCCAAACUCGCUUUUGGCGCUUUAAUAGGAAACGCAGAAGGACGAUCUCAACAAGAAAAGGAGAGUGAAGAUAGAUUAAUAUCAACAAUAGUGGAGCUUUCUCUAAAAAAGUUCAACUUAAAGAUAAUGCAGCUUGAUUCCAUCGAGAAGGAAGUCGAACAGCACAAGAGAAGUUUGGCUCUUGAGAAACAUAACCUUCUUGUGGAUAGACUUUCUUUACGGAAACAGGCACACAACGUGAGGGCAAAAUUGCUUAAGGCCAGUCAACUUGGUGCAACAGACAGAGGUCUUCAACUUUGUGAAGAAGCAGUUUUAGAGGCCAAUAAGGCACCUAGAGUUGUUAUCAGCCGCAAAAAUGAGUUAGUGGUUUCGACCGAAAACGAGGAUGAUGAUAAUAUAGUCGAUGAGGACAAAAACAAUGACCAGGAUGAGAAUGUUCAACCAUUAAGCCUGAUAGAACCUCAGAAAUACACAAUCUGGAAUGCUUGA